UCAAAGAAAGAAGUCUAAGAAAAUAAAAUUGAUUAUAUUUUUGUAAUGUCAUAGAUUUGCUUGAGGGCAAACUUUUAUAAUCGAGAGUUGGUAACCCUGGAGUUGUAGAAUUGUUGACGACUUGACAGUUGGUUAUUUGUUGUUUUCACUUAUGUUGACUGCAGACGUUGUCUAGAUGCUUCACGUAGAAACUCGACCGGUUCUACCGGCGAUAAAAUAUACGUAGUGAAUGCUCGACGCAACAGGAGAAGUGGAUAAGAGAGUCCCUUUAUUAAAAGGAAUUGCCAACGAAAUAAUUCCUGCAAGGCUCGUUAUAUGUCCAGAAGUCUUAUUUUACUACUUUUUAUUACUAAAUUACCUACACGUACUCGUCCAAACGUUCUUUCAUCGAGCCAAAAUCUCGUCAAGUUUCGCACCAAUACUUCGUCAAAAACACCAAAAGUUAUAGGGAGAAUGGAUCUUACUGAUGACUUAAUGUGUGGCGAUGACGGUGAUGUAUUAGAAGAUACAUUUGGUGAUGAAUUUGAAAACCUACGGCCAUUACCAGAUGGAGAAUUUACAAUUAAAAGUAAAAAAUAUAAUAAUUUUGUGUUGGAUUUGUCUCAAAAUGUCGAUGGUGGUACUAUCCAUAGUUACCAAUAUAACAGUGGGGAUAAUCAAACAUGGUUAGUCAAUUAUGAUUCCGAUAAAGAAGGUUAUAUAUUGAAGAGUAAACAAAAUUCUGACCUAUUGCUGAGCUGGAAUAGUCAUGACGCGACUAAAGAAAAUAUUCUUCAAGGUUUCACGAAUAAUAAUAGCAAGAACCAUUACUGGCGUAUCGAACAGACCGAUGACGGAUAUUUUAAAUUUAAGAAUUUGGAUAAUUUACAUAUGAUUAUAACAAUUCAGGAUGUAUUUAGUUCAUUUGGUGGAAAACAAGUUACAAUGGAUACAGAAAUUUCUCCUGAUAAUGAUAACUCUCAAAAAUGGAUAAUUAAUCCUGUCUAUUUUCAGACUAUAAAAGAUGGCAAUUAUAAUAUAUUUAGUCGUAACCUGCCAGAGAUAGUCAUAGGCUUUGAUAAUCAAGAGGACUCUUUGGUUCAAGCUCAAAGCUAUUCUGUCAAGGAAAAUCAAGAAUGGAAUUUAAGUUACGAUAGUGAAAAGGAAGCUUAUAAAAUAAAAUGUGCGCUGAAUUUAGAUCUAUUACUUACUUGGAAUAGUAAUACUGCGUCUAAAGAAGUAGUUCUUCGAGCAUAUAAAGAUAGCGGUAAUAAGAGCCAAUAUUGGCGUAUCGAACGGACCGAUGACGGAUCUUAUAGACUUAGAAAUUUGGAACAUUUACAUUUAAUUUUAAUUUUAAAUGCUGCAUACUUUGACGGCGAAGGAGGCGGACUUAAACUAAUAGUUCAUAAAGAUUCUAGCGACGAUGCUAAUAUUCAUUCACGUUGGACAAUUAAACCUGUCUCUUAUCAGUCCAUCUCAGAUGGUGAUUAUAAUAUAUUUAAUCGUAAUUUGACAGACAUAGUCAUUGAUUAUAGCAAUCAAGAGGAUUCCUUAGUUCACGGUCAUAGCUACAGGGGAAAUGAUAGCCAAACAUGGACGUUUGUAUAUAAUACAGAGAAAAAAGCUUAUAAAGUAAAGAAUGGUCUAAGUACAGAUAUUUUGCUGUGCUGGAAUAGUAAUGAUACUUCUCAAGAAAUGUUUCUACGAGCAUAUUCCGAGAGCAGUUGUAAGAAUCAAUAUUGGCGCAUCGAAAUGGUUAAUGAUGGAUCCUACAGACUGAGGGAUCUAGAGAAUACGGAAAAGUUAAUAACUAUGAUUGACAAAGACAGUACAUAUGGAGGCAAAGAACUUAUAGUAACUGAUAGUAAGGAAACUGGAAAUGACAAAAUUACUGUUUCAAAUAGUUGGUUUUUGCAAAAAAUUGGAAAAGCAGCUAUACCAAAUGGUAAAUUUAAAAUUGCAACGAAGUCAAAUUAUAAAAAGGUAAUUAAUUCAAAUCAAGAAUCAAAGUUGAUUAUUAUUGAUAAUCUAAAUCUUGUUACUAGCGAUUGGGAAAUUAAAUAUGAUUCAUCUAAAAGAGCAUAUACGAUACAUUCGUCAAAAUUUAAAAACCUAGGAUGGGUAUAUCAAAAUAAAAACUGUUUUGUUACCUUAGAUAAUAUAGAUGGGUCUAAUCUUCGAAAUUAUUGGAUGGUAGAAUACAAAAUGCAGGCUGGUGGUUAUUUAAUAAGAAGCUUAUUUGACCCAUCACAAGCAGUGAGCUAUUCUAAUAACAAUCCCAUAACAACUGAUAAUGCAACAUACUCCGUUAACCAAUUGUUUAAUUUUAUUAGAAAUUAACAAUUAAUAAGUUAUCAGCUGAUUACGUUAACAAAUAAAAUUUCUACAGAAAUUUGGCUGUGGUUAUCAACCCUUCUAAAAUCUCAAGCAAAGCUAGAAGCAAUUGAAACAAACGACAAUCUGCACUGUCUGGGAUGAUCUCCUAACGCGUUUAGGUGAUGAUAUAGGAAUCAUAUCGUAUAUUUAUGUAUAUAUUUAACAAAGAUCUAAAUUAAUUUGUUUUGUAUUGUAUUUAGGAAUGAGCUUAUAAUGUUUCUAUUUUAUAUACUACUAUGUAACAUACUACUCUACUAAAUAAACUUUUGAUUUUUUUUGUGUAGUUAAUAUCUCAGUUAGGCUAAUUACAAGCUGGCUCAGAAAACUGCCAGCUGAGUUUUUUGCUUUUGCCAUUUCAUUUAUCAUAAAUCAUGACUAGCUCUAAGAUUCUAUGUUAUUUAAUACAGUUACUGAUAUUUCUGGCAAUAAACAAUCUUAUUACUUA